AUGCCUUCGUGGGUAUCGCGAGCCACCGAGAAUCACAAUGCACAGCUCAUCACCACAGCCGCCGUCUCCGGCUUCGUUGUUGGCAGUGCGAUUCUCGGUUUCCAAAAGGCCCGACGUAUGAUGAGAGUGGCAGACCUGAAAGCAUCCAUUCCAGAAAUCAGUGACGACCAUCGCUCGUCGAGACUAACUGAAUAUGGUGCCGCUUCAAAGAUCUUUGCGCCAAGUAAAGAAGAUGAGCGAAGUAUGGCACUAGCUGCAAGAGCGAGGAAAGGUGACUACGAUGAUGAUUUAAUCCUUGAACAGCUGGCGAGGAAUCGAGUCUUCCUCACAGAUUCGGGGCUCCGCAAGUUACGCAAUGCUUUUGUGGUUGUAGUCGGUUGUGGUGGCGUCGGCUCACAUGCAACGGCGGCUCUGGCUCGCUCUGGAUGCUCCAAAAUUCGGCUCAUCGACUUUGACCAGGUCACAUUAUCUUCUCUAAAUCGACACGCUGUAGCAACUUUAGCUGAUGUCGGAACGCCCAAAGUACAUUGUCUCCGAAAGCGACUUGAGCAAAUAACUCCUUGGACGCACUUUGAAUGCCGGAACGAACUUUUCAGCGAACAUACUGCGGCGGCACAACUAGCGCCUCUGAACGGCCAGCAACCGGAUUUUGUCAUUGACGCCAUCGACAACAUUGACAGCAAGGUGGCACUUUUAGCAUACUGUUAUAUGAACAACCUCAAAGUCAUUUCCUCCAUGGGUGCAGCCUGCAAGUCUGAUCCUACGAAAAUCUUCAUCGGCGACAUCUCAGCCAGCACAGACGACCCCCUGUCAAAGACCACUAGGAGAAAACUGCGGUUGAAAGGCGUCAAGGACGGCAUCCCAGUCGUAUAUUCCACUGAGAGGCCCGGCCCAGGGAAAGCCGAACUUCAGCCGCUCUCUGAAGAAGAGUUUGCGAAGGGCAACGUCGGAGAGUUGGGUGUUCUUGCAGAUUUUCGCGUGAGGAUUCUACCGGUCCUGGGAACUAUGCCAGCAAUCUUUGGGCUCGCAGUCGCAAACCAUGUCAUCCUUUCAAUCGCUGAGUACCCUCACGAAUACCUAUCGGCAAAGUCCCGUGAUAAGAUGUAUGACGGCAUUCUAGGAGCUCUCCAGGGCGCUGAGGAACGUCUAGCUCGUGCAUUGUUUAACGAAGACCCUCUAGGUCUCAAAAUCCCCAUCACCCAAGCCGAUGUGGGCUACCUGGUAGAAGAAGUUUAUAGUGGGAAAAGUAUAAUUAGUGGUGUAUCUACACGCUUAAUUCUGUCGAGAUGGAAGAAGCCGGCUCAAAACUUCGUCGAUCAACGUACACCUGGCCAGAAGCACAGUUCCUUGAGGAUGAACGACUUGGUGCUCAUGACAAAAGAAGAGGCUAGCAAGCAUGAAAGAGAGGUUUUGAAGGGCCAAAAGAGUCUAGAAGAAGUAUACGACGCCGCAACGAUUGAGCGUGUAAACAAGAGGUUCGCAGAAGAGGAACGAUUUGAACGUUUCAGAUGA